GCGGAAGCUGCGGGUGACCGAGGAGAGGGAGCGGGACCCCCCUCGCCAGGCCGGCUCUGCCCCACUUCGCUCCGGGCUGGUCCCCGCGGAGUUGGGGGUCCAGAAGCCCCAGGAUGGUGUUGGUCGCUUUAGCUGUGCUGGUCCUAAGAUACAGGCGACGAUGGAUGACAGCAGCCUAGGAGAACAGCAGACCAGGCCUUCCUGGACAUUCAUGACCCUCAGACCCCGGUUCUGGGACCAGUAUUUGGUGCAUGCUGGGCAAUGCCGCAGAGACAGCUGUUUGCAGCCAUCCUGCCAGGACACAAAGCGGCUUGUCCAGCAUCUUCAGGCCUGCAGAUAUAACAACCUUGAGGACUGCCAGCUUUGUAAUCAGCUGAUCACCAUCUGCUAUGUCCACGCCCAACACUGCAAGGAGGACCACUGUCCAGCUCCCUUCUGUCUCGCCAUCAAGCCUCAGCUCCUGAAGAUGCCGAUGUGGCUACUGCCGGCAAAGGUGAAGCACGGCAAGAUGGUGGCCAUGAGCACCGCUCGAGCACAAAGGGUGAGCCGGUCUGUAGGGGCUGCAAACGCUGCGUGGCAGACUGGCAUGAACGCCCAGAGGCCUGGGUGUGUGAAUGGCCCGAUCAUGUCCAACAUGCAGCCGGAGCCGCGUCCUUUUGCAGCGCCCUUCCCGCAAAUGGGGCACGGUUUGAGGCUGCCCAGCACGCAGCCACCGCCCUGCACCAUCCCCUGGAGUGUUAUGUCCUUUUUAAGGAGGACCAUGAAAUCCUUCAGGUUCCCAGAGGAGAAAGCAGGAAGUCUCAGCCCACGUUAGACCUGCCCUCAAAACAUGCCUUCAGCCACAGCCUGGCUUGCAAAACCCUUUUAGCUGCCACUGCUGCCACCACAAUCGCCACCAGACUAGCACCCUCCACCUGUCUUGCAGGACACCAUGUGAUGCAGAAGGGCCCUUGCGUCUGACCAGGAAACACAACUUCGGGGAGGGGGGAACUAGUAGCCUGAACACCGACGACUGCAGCUGGUGGCCAGGAUCUCUUUAAUGCUACAACAGACUGCUUUCUCCAACCCUGAUCCCUCUAGGAAACCACCACAGCCGCUGAGCAGCCUGAGGACACCCUAGUUCACAGCCACUUACCCAUCACCAGCUCAUCUCCCAUGCAGGCGAACUCGAAAUUUUCCCCUUCCGUUUCAGUGGCACAUCAGCUUCCCCCAGAAACGGAACAGUCUCAUAAGUAGGACUCUGCAGGGUUAGAAGCUAAGGUUUGUUUCCCGGGUCAUCAGGAAUUAUCAUUUCGGCUGUUGGAUUUGCAGCCGUCCUACAGCAACUAGCAGCCUGAGUGUUCGCCAGGCUCACUCUGUUCAGUAGCAAAUCCACUUGCUGGGGCAGUAAUGGCAGCCGGCCCCCCAUUCUUGCCUUGGAUAGUGAAUGAGGUGAUGACUAAGCUUUCACCUUCCACCGUUUUUGUGAUGUUUAGCCUACACCCAUGCUGGGGAAAACAGAAAGCUUAGGAAGUCACUCUGUGGAAGACGGCCAGGAAAUUAGGCACCAUCCUGAGGUUGCUGGACUAUAAUAUACCAUGAGUCCCAGCUAGCAUUUCCAAUGGUCGAGGAUGAUGUGAAGUGAAAUUCAAGGUAUCUGCAGUGGCCUACUCUUACUCUUGAGAAUGCUUAUUUGGUUAUAUGUUGCUAUCGCCUUGGGAGAAGGCUAGAAGUCUGGAUCUGAUCUCUCAGUCUGCAAACUGUUGUAGUUGAUAAGGAAAUGCUUCCUGUAGUUCUUUUUCAAAUAAA